AUGGUCCGGAGCCACCCUGUUAGGCUUCUGUUUUUUACCAGUUUGGCAUUACAGAUCAUCCACUUGGGAAACAACAGUUAUCAAAGAGAGAAACAUAAAGGUAACAGAGAAGAAAUCAACAAUGCUACAGUCCAAAAGCUCCUGCAGAAAACACUCAACUGGACCCUGAAUAAUUUUGGGGAGGUGAAUGCAAGCGCCAAUGGCUGGAGGCCCCAGAAUUCACGUCCCUACUUUCCGGAUCUCCAACAGCGUGAGCCCCAGCUGCUGCACUGCUGCAGUAACGGCGGCACCUGCGUGCUGGGCAGCUUCUGCGUGUGCCCCGCCCACUUCACCGGCCGUUACUGCGAGCACGACCAGAGGCACAGCGAAUGCGGCUCGGUGAAGCAUGGAGCCUGGACCUUCCUCGGCUGCCGCCUUUGCAGGUGUGUUUUCGCAGCCCUGCACUGCCUCCCCCGCCAGACACCCGGCAGCUGCGACCUGGAAGACUUUCUUGCUGCACGGUCUAAUGGAGAAAGAACACAACACAUGCUGAAUGUUCUCUUCCUCCUUCCCUGCUUGCUCGUACAAAGCAUCCUUAGUGAAGCGGGAGACUCCUGACUGGAUCUUAGAGGACCUAACUCGCAGUUCCACACCGGAAGAACCUUGGUGUUCCCAGCACAAGCUUGAGCAAGCAUGGUUCUCUGUGGGAAAGCCAGGGCUGUGCAUCCACAUCGUUUUCUGUGUUGUAGGUAAUAGAUUUGUUUCAUUUCCUAGAACUGAAGCAUUAGGUGAAUAUUUUUAUUGUU